AUGGACAUUCAGGAAAGGUCAAAGGACAACGUAAAGGCCCGAUUGGACCUGGAAACGUUGUGCGAUAGACCAAAUCUAGUGAUGAAGCCUCCUGCGGCCGGCAAGAGAUGGAAAAGGACUCCAGCUGAUUACAUCCUGAAACGGGAACAUAGGAAGGAAGUUCUACAGUGGAUGAAAACAUUAUUGUUCCCUAAUGGGUAUGCGGCGAAUCUGAGAAGGGGAGUGAACUUGUCUACCCUGCGAGUCAAUGACAUGAAGAGUCAUGACUUCCACAUAUGGAUUGAGCGGCUCCUACCCGCGAUGACUCGAGGAUACCUACCUGAGCCUGUGUGGCGCGUGUUGGCAGAGUUGAGCUACUUCUUCCGCCAGCUCUGUGCCAAAGAGUUGUCUCGGGACGUCGUUCGUGACCUAGAGAGUGUAGCACCUGUGUUGCUAUGCAAGCUGGAGAUGAUCUUUCCACCUGGGUUCUUCCUGCCGAUGCAGCAUCUGAUUCUGCACCUACCGUACGAGGCAAAGAUGGGGGGCCCGUGCAGGCCCGCCAUCAAGGAUCCUGAUAUUGAUGAUGAGUUGAAACAGGUUGCUCGUGGCUGCGCCUAUAGGGUCAACUCAUUCACAGUUUACGAUGUCAAUGGGUAUCGCUUUCACACGAGAAGUUAUGAGGAGAGUCGGCCCAAUCGAAGCACCACGAAUACCGGAGUUCGUACGCCCGACACCGAUGAUCGUGACUAUUAUGGCAUAGUUGAAGAAAUAUUUGAGCUCACGUUUGAGGGUGCAAAACCUCUCAAUGUAGUUAUAUUCAGAUGCCAUUGGUUCGAUCCAGAUGCCGUCAGAAGAGCACCUGAGAUUGGGCAAGUCGAAAUUCGACAUGAUCGCGUGUAUCAUGGAGAUGAUGUCUAUAUUAUGGCUCAACAGGCCACACAAGUUUAUUAUCUCCCAUGGGCAUGCCAACAGAAUAAUAAUCUCAAGGGUUGGUACCUUGUGCACUUAGUAUCGCCACGUGGUAAAGCGCCUGUCCCGAACGAUGACGAUUACAACUUUGAUCCUAACACAUAUGUCGGAGAAUUCUUUCAACCUGAGGGGCUAGAAGAGAGGUUGGAGAUAGAUAUUCGUUCAAUAAUGGAUAUGGAAGUAGACAACGAAGUUGAUGAGGACGAGGGCUAUGAGGUGAAUGAUGCUAGGGACUUACGAUUGCUUGAGCGCUUGAAGUCGCCGAGUGACCAUGACGAGGCUGAGAGCGGCAUCAGACCCCAGCGACAGGUCGCGUCCAUCUACCAGUCGAGGGACGCCGACGACGGUGCGGAGCCAUCGGUGAGGAGGACGAGGAGCCGCCGCGCACGUACGAGGGAGGAGCCGCCCCCGCGGACACCCUCGGGUGACGAGGACGACGACCACCAGCGGAGGGACGAGGACGACGACCACCAGCGAGGGGGCGAGGACGACGACCACCAGCAGGGGGGCGAGGACGACGACCACCAGCAGGGGGGCGAGGACGACGGUGAGACGACAGGUGGAGGGGGUUCCAGUUCCUCUGGUACCCGCAAAGUCUACCUGCGCGGGCCCUCUAGGCUCCAGGCUAUGCCCCUCCCGCACCAGCGCCCGGUGAUCAGACCCAACGGCAACAAGAACUGGAUCGUUGUGUCCGGAGAGCGAGGUCGCCACAUCAAUGGCACGGUGACUCUGCUCAUUCGGAAACACUACCCUGGCAAAGUCUUCCAUGCCGGGGUGGACGGGCCGCCGUACUCGUGGGAGGCCUUCUACACCGCUCAGGACCAGUCGCUCGGCAUAAGCGUUGCUGAGAAGAUCAAGCAAGACUUCUGGAACUACUACAAGUGCGACGAGGGGUACGAGGACCAGGCGAAUGCGGUGCUGGACGUGGUCGCCAAAAACCGCCUCUCGGAAUUCUACCAUGAGACGCGGCUCUCUUGCAUCAUCAAGCACUACGGGGACGUGGAAAAUCGACGGGUCGACAAGCAAGAGGCUAGGGAGAUGGUGUGUCAGAGGACCGACCUCACCAAGGAGCAGUACCUUAACGUGUGUCCGGACUGGUGCGGUGCAUACCACAACUGCUGGGAGGACAUUGUGGACAAGUGGCUCUCAGAGGAGGCCUAUGCGAAGCACAUGGAGCGUCGGGAGUGCCGCUUGCAGAUGCCUGGGUUGCCACACCACCAGGGCCCACAGCCCCUCGCCCAGUACGCCGAGAGAUGGUCACGGUCGCACGAGAACCGAGAGUGCAACGAGUACUUGGCGUACGCCCUGGCACACAGGGGCAAGGCAACAGCUCCGGACAACGUGUACGACCCAGCUCACGGGCCCGAGGCGUACACCAACGAGAACGCCUACACCAAGCACACGGAGUACACGGCAGCGGCUCGCGAGCGCCAUGGGGCCGACUUCGACCCGACCGCCCAGCCCCUCGACACAGACCUCGUGAUGAGGCUGGGAGGAGGGAAGCAGCACGGCCGGUACUGGAUGGCCAAUAGCGCCAUCUCCUCGUCCUCCGUGGACAACCUCGCCACGAUUCGGUCGAGGAGCACGAGCAGCUCCGUGCCCAUACGACCUCGGCAGCAGAGCUUGGCGCUGAUGGUGGCGGCCUUUCAGGCUCAGAUGAAUCAGAUGCAGAGUGACAUGCAGGAACAGAUCCAGACCCAGGUACAAGCUGCCACUGCAAAGGUCUUGGAGGAGAUGGUUGGCUACUUUGGGGCGAUUCAGAUACCAGGUGCGGUAAUACCUCCCAUCCCUCCCUCGUUACUACAGCAACUAGAGGCAGCGCAGGCAGCGCAGGCCCAGGCAGCUUCGCAGGCGCCAGGUGGUGGGCCAGUGAUGUAUUUCGGGACCCCGCCACAGUCAGCGGGUUCGAACCCGACUCCACCAGAGGGGCCUUCUCCACAGGGGCCUUCUCCACAGGGAGGGUUGCACGGUGCCCCUCCUCCACAGUACGUGUACCCUGGCGCUGCUCCGCAGUACACGUGGCCCACUCGGUGCCCUCCGCAGUUCACUUGGCCAGGGUACUCAGACUCGCCCUCCUCCACAGGCCGGGGUCUACGGUGGCCCUCUUCCGCAGGCCGGGUGGCCGCCUCUCCCUCGUCCGCCGCCGGGUGGCUCUACUCAGCCGCAGCAGGGUGACCCUGUGUGGGACCAGUGGGCUGAUUCACACUCUGCUCACCAGGGGGAGCCGUAGGUACCUCGCACGUCCCUUUACUUGUUUAUGUGUUGGACUUAGUUGAUGGAUUGUGAUGGACUAUGUGUUUAUGGAUUGUGAUGGACUAUGUGAUGGACUAUGUGUUGGACGUGGUGUUCGUUGAGGAUGGACGAUGUGUUUAUGUGAUUGUGAUGGAUGAUAUGUGGUUGUGGACAUGUCGAUGGUUGUAUUGCGAUAUAUGUGCUAUAUUGUGAUAUAUGUGAUGAGUAAUUGUCGAUGGAUA